CCCGUUCUCUUCUCCUAAACCCAUCCCCCUCUCCGUUCACACCUCAUCGAUCGAGCUCCCUCCCUCCCUCUUCUCCCUGCAGAUUAGUAGUUGUACUUCUCUUUCUAGCUAGCUAGUUCCAUUGCUGCAGGUUCUUCAACUUGGAGCCUCAUCAGCUUGGAGUUGAAGCAAGGGAAGCGAUCGAGCUGCAGCCAUGUCGGAGGUGUCGGUGAUCAACCAGGGCGAGGAGGAGCCGCGGCUGGACCUGCCGCCCGGGUUCCGGUUCCACCCCACCGACGAGGAGGUGGUGUCCCACUACCUCACCCCCAAGGCCCUCGACCGCCUCUUCUCCUGCGUCGUCAUCGCCGACGUGGACCUCAACAAGAUCGAGCCGUGGGAUCUCCCAAGCAAGGCGAAGAUGGGGGAGAAGGAGUGGUACUUCUUCUGCCACAAGGAUCGCAAGUAUCCGACGGGGACGCGCACCAACCGCGCCACGGCGACAGGGUACUGGAAGGCCACGGGCAAGGACAAGGAGAUCUUCCGCAGCGGCGGCGUCCUCGUCGGCAUGAAGAAGACGCUCGUCUUCUACCUCGGCCGCGCCCCCCGCGGCGAGAAGACGCCAUGGGUCAUGCACGAGUACCGCCUCGAGGGCAAGCUGCCGCCUCAACUCCCCCGCGCGGCAAAGGAUGAAUGGGCCGUGUGUCGCGUGUUCGACAAAAGCUUGGCGGCCAAGGCUGGCCAAACGGCGCCGGCCGGCGACGGCAUGGAGCGGAGCAACUCGCUCGCGUUCCUCGACGACUUCUUCGAAACUACCGCCGAGCUGCCGCCGCUCAUGGACUCGCCGUUCGCCGACGACCUCAUCGACUUCAAGGGCGCCGCCGCCGGAACCUCCAGCUCCGGCGCCGUGGCGGGCAUGAGCAGCGGCUACCAAGUGAAGGCGGAGCAGCCAGGUGCGCAGAAACAGUCGCAGAUGCUCCAGGACCCCUGCUACUUCUCCCUGCCGGCGGCGAACAACCCAGGCGGCGGGUACUCGCACCAGGCCGGGGACCAGGCGAUACGGAGGCACUGCAAGGCGGAGGAGCCAACGCUGCUGAGCCCGUCGCGCGCCGAGACGGGGCUCGCCGGCACGGACAUGUCGUCGAAGCUGUACCUGGAGCUGGACGACCUGUGCCCGGACGGCCUGAUGGACUACUCCAACAUGUGGAACUAGCUGAAAUCAAGCUAGCUAGGCCUCGCCGGAGUUGGAGCUAGCUGCUAGGCAUACACCACUACUAGUUUGAUUUGGUUAUAUUAAUUGCUGCAGCUCGACCGAUUAGUUGAUUUAUUAACUUACAGUUGAGGUUUGGGUUCAUUAGCUGACGCGAUCGAUGGAUCGAGUUUGUUGAUGCGUGGAUGCAUGGUCUUAGGGGAAUUGAAGGCCGCGCUAAGCUUGCUGACGAUCAGGUCUGUUCAACUUGUGCAGACCAGAGUCGAUGAUGGCCUCCAGCAGGUGAAUUGGUUCCUUAAUCUUAGGGUGUUACCGCAUCUUGGUUGGUUGUUUGGUUGGUUGGUGUGUACAUAGCCAUGUGAUUGGCAUGCAUGUUACUACAGAUUAUUACUAGUGAUUUAACUAGGCGAGUGAUCAGAUAUAAUAUACUCCUAUACUCUACUCCAUUAAGCGUUGAUCGGUUCA